AGGAUGAAGUGAGCAGAGGAGGCAGUGGUAGAUGCAGCGGUGGAGGCAGUGGUGGAUGCAGUGGUGGAGGCACUGGUGGAUGCAGUGGUGGAGGCUGUGGUGGAGGCAGCGGUGGAGGCAGUGGUGGAUGCAGUGGUGGAUGUAGUGGUGGAUGCAGUGGUGGAGGCAGUGGUGGAGGCAGUGGUGGAGGCAGCGAUGGAGGCAGUGGUGGAGGCACUGGUGGAUGCAGUGGUGGAUGCAGUGGUGGAGGCACUGGUGGAGGCAGUGGUGGAGGCAGUGGUGGAGGCAGUGGUGGAUGCAGUGGUGGUACACUGCACUGCAACAAAUACGUACAAUUUGUUGUAACGCAGCUCGCAAUUGACUCAAGUAUAUCUGAAGAGGAGAGCUGGCUUACUCCUGCUCAAGGAACUACUGGCACCAAAACUAGAGCUAUCCUCAGAGACUCAGUUGAGCAACUCCAGGAGACAGAGCUUGCUGCUUCUAACUCAUUUGGAAAAGUCAUCAUCGUUGAGCCAUUUGAAUCAGUCUUCUGUAACCCCCGCUACUCAAGGCAGGAGAAUGAAAUCGAAGUUCUCGAGGAGCUGCCAGGCGGAAGAGGGUUCGAGAACAUUGAGUAUGGACCAGAAGAUAUGGAA